GAUGAGUAUGACAGCCCGGUUUUUGUGAAAAAAUUGUCACCCUUUCCAAGUAUACAAACAUAACUGAGCCAUUAUUCAUUGUGGAUUGAAAAUUGUAACUCCCUUGGCCUUAAAUGAGUCUUUCAAAAUUCAGAUGCUAAAACCUAAAUUCCCUUCUUUUAAUCUUGUGUCCGUGAGCCAUUUUGCCAUUCUAUAACGGUAUUCUGACAGAAAAAAAGAGCUAAGCAAAGCCCACAAAGAUGAGUACAAUGACAUGGCUAGCCAGAUCAUUUUUCUCGGUUUGCUGGUUGCCCUUGGAUGAUCAUAAACUGACUUCAUCCCCUCACGGGACAAUGAAAAACAUGGCAUUUGAUAGGAAAAACGAAAAAAGCUUUGAUAGUAUCAGUAACAACAAUUUGUCACGGCCAAGCAAAAAAUUCCACAGCAAGAAGAGACAUUCAAACAAUCCAAUAAUAAAGGAUAAAGAUGGUGGUGGGGUUCCCAUUGGAAACAAGUUUGAUUAUUCAAGUUGGUCACUCUCCGCGGAUGAAGAUUACAUAGUGUUUUGCUUUGGAAAGGAUGUGGCAAAAGGUGACAAAGGUGUCAAUGAAGUGCAUAAAAAUUCAAGGCCGGUGAAUUGCAAGCUGAAAUAUGGUGAGAAUGAAGAACAAGUUAGUGACCUGAACAUUCAUGAGAAAAUAUCAAAUGCUAAUCAGCACCAUGAUGAUGACAUAAGAAGAGCAGAAUCAAGUAACUCUGACCAAUCUGAAGGCAGUAGAAGUUCUUUUGCGUUCCCCGUGUUAGGUUGGGAAUGGAUUGGAAGCCCUGUACAAAUGCCCAAGUCAGAAGAGUUUGUGAUACGAACACAACUACACCAACAAAGGAUGAAAAAGACACAGGUGAAGAGGCCCACUUACCUUCACGAUUUCGUCUGGAUUUCGUCUGAGGAAACUGUCAAAACAGAAGCUUCUGCCAAAUCUUCUCCAAAUCGCCUUGCUUGAAAUUGUUGGUCCUGCGGAGCAACUUUUUAUCAGAAUUGGUUAUUGUAAUAUUCCUAGAAUCAUUCUGUACUAGGAAUUCUAUAAGAACCUUGUA